GUCGUUGCCGGGCCCCGCGCCGCCCGUCUGCAGGAGCUUUACGCGCAGAGCCUGCGGCGCACGCUGGGCAAGCUGAAAUGGGACAAUUUCGCGGCCUGCUAUCCGACGGUGGCAAGCAAGGCCGAGCCGGUGCUGAAGCAGGUCCAGGCGCAGAUGGUUGAGAAGCUGGGCGAGAAGUGCGAGAAGGAAUUCGAAAGCAUUCUAGCGACGAGGCAAGUCGUCCUCAAACUCAACGACUUGGAAACUCUCAUCAGCGAAGCCACUCACCGCCGCAUAUCAGCACCUCCCGACGCUCCCAAGCCAACUCCACCCCAUCUCCUCCCCGCACGCGAAAUCCUCUCCGCACAUCUCGCCCCCUCCCUCGCCCCCCACCAGUCCCUGCUCAACGCACGGCUUCAGACCGCACAGUCCCGCAACGCCAUACUGUACGAGCAGAUCCAGAGCCAGCGCGCCGAAAUCGAAAUGCUGCUCGACUCGCUGGAGGCUGCCGUGGGGGACGUCAAGAGCGCGAAUGCGGCGCUGGAGCCCGUGGUCCAACAGCUAGCUAGGGAGGCGAGA